UGAGGAUAGUUAUCAGAUAAGGAUGUGUAGCAUAGAAGAAAAGAUCGAUUAAAGGGAAAGUGCACAAAUUCAAUGAUCAAGGAGGAGAAAACAAACCAUGUUGUGUUCCACUGAGCCAUUGAACUUUUUUUCAUCUAUACUCAAUUUCCACCUGCCUAAAUUAAGCCUAUAAAAUCUAAAUUCUUGAGUAAAAACCAAACAUACAAAAAGGGGAGGAAAUAACAAGAGAGAAGAUAAAAGAAUAGAAAUGGAAGGUGAAAGUUCAAAGCAUGUUAUGGUUCUAACAUACCCAGCACAAGGUCACAUAAACCCCCUCAUCCAAUUCACCAAACUCUUAGCCUCCAAAGGUGUAAAAGCCACCUUAGCCACCACUCAUUACACGGCCACCGCCAUCCGAGCCACUGGCAAUGGCAUAACCAUUGAGUCCAUAUCUGAUGGGUUCGACGAAGGUGGGUUCAAGCAAGCUCCUAGUCUACAGGCUUAUUUAAACUCCUUUAAAGACAUAGGUUCAAAGUCACUAACUGAACUGAUACUGAAGUUCAGAAACUGUGGGAAUCCAGUUGACUGUUUAGUGUAUGAUUCUUUACUUCCUUGGGCACUUGAUGUGGCUAAUGAAAUGGGUGUUUGUAAAGCUGCUUUUAUGACUAAUUCUGCUUCUGUUUGCUCCUUGUAUUGGUACCUUCAUCAUAGUCUUCUUUCUCUGCCUCUUACACCUGAUAGAUUUCCUCUGGUUUUGCCGGGACUUCCUGAGCUUCGAUUGUAUGAUCUGCCUAGUUUUAUCGCGUACCCUUUCGAGUUUUCUGAGUAUCUUGGUGCGAUCAUGGACCAGUUCUCUACUCUGGAGGAAAAUGAUUGGGUUUUUAUAAAUACAUUUGCACAACUUGAAAGUCAGAUAGAAAAGGCAAUGUCAGGGAAAUGGCCAUUGGUAAUGGUUGGACCGAUGUUACCAUCUGCGUACUUGAACCAACCAACGGAGGACAGAGACUAUGGAGGAAGUCUUUGGAAUCAAGCUACAGAAAACUGCUUAAGAUGGCUAGACACGAAGCCCUCUAACUCAGUGAUUUACAUCUCCUUUGGAAGCAUGGCAGAACUACCAGGAAAACAGGUAGAAGAAUUAGUCUGUGGUUUAAGAAACUUGGAGAUCCCUUUUCUUUGGGUUGUCAAGGAUAUGGCUAAGUUACCUCCCGAGUUUAUUUCAUCACUCAAUGAUGGUAUAGGGAUAGUCAUGCCCUGGUGUAACCAGCUAGAGGUGCUAGCCCACCAAGCCACAGGCUGCUUUAUCACGCACUGUGGGUGGAACUCGAUUUUAGAGGGGAUAAGUCUUGGGGUGCCAAUGGUGGGGAUCCCACAAUGGAGUGACCAGCCACUGAAUGCAAAGAUGAUGGAGGACAUUUGGAAGGUGGGCGUGAGAGCGAAGAAAGGUAGUGAAGGGAUUGUGAGUCGGGAGGAAAUAGAAAGGUGUGUACGAGAAGUGAUGGUUGGGUUGAGUAGCGAAGAAAUGAAGAUGAAUUCAAAUAGCUGGAGAAAGGAAGCUGUAAGUGUAGUUAGCAAAGGUGGUAGCUCUGAGAUGAAUAUAAGCAAGUUCUUAGAGACACUGCAGAGAAAAUAAAGCAGAAUAGCUGUAUCUUAUUAUAUACAUAAAGUAGUAUUUUGUGUAUCACACAUCUGUUGUACAACAUGAAUCUCAACAUUACAUUGUAAUCUAUAAGAUAGAACCUUGUUUAUGUAUAAAUGAGCUCCUUUGCAAAAGAUAAAAGUAUGAAAUAUAAAGUGAGCUGUUUCUGACU